AUGAAGCCCGUCGACAUCCCCGCCAUCCAGCCUUGCCUUUGUCCAUCGAGGCACCUCAAGGUACACUUGGACGCAGACACAGUAGUCAGUCCCAAAGAUCUGCCCUGGGCAACCGCUCUACACAUCGCCUUGGCACACAGUCACCUUGAAACCGCGAGCCUUCUUGUUGAGAGAGGAGCUAACUGGACAAGCGAGCCCUUCGGCGCUCGCGGCGUCACUGCACUGAUGAUAAUCUGCGCCAAUGAUCUGAUUCGCUUUCUCGAUUACCUGCUUGAGUGGGCUGCCAGACCUGGUGUCCAGCAACAUUGGAACCCUCGAAACUGGGACAUCAAUGGGCAUGGGUACUCGGACUAUUUGGCAGCGGUGGGAAAUGGCCCGACGCGGAGGCUUCUUGAGAGACGAUUGAAAGCUCUAGAGAAGAGACUGACAGAACACUAUUGA